AUGGUUCAUUACAAGCUUAAUUACUUCAACGGACGUGGAGCUGCUGAGGUCAUCAGACUUAUCUUCAAAUAUGCCGAAAAGGACUUCGAAGAUAACAGAAUCAACAGAGAUGAUUGGCCAGCCUUGAAAGAAGGCUUCUCUCCCUUCGGACAACUUCCAGUCUUAGAGGUUGACGGAAAGAAACUUCCCCAAAGUUUUACAAUUGCCCGUUACUUGGCAAAACAAUUCGGAAUCGCUGGUAAGAAUGCUUGGGAUGAAGCCGUUGUCGACUCUUAUGCUGAUCAAUACAAGGAUAUGAUGGUUGCCGUCACACCUUUCUUCCGUAUCAGCUUCGGAAUGCUCCAAGGAGAUCUUGAGAAGGAGAGAGUUGAAAACCUCGAACCCGCUGUCAAGAAGAACUUCGAAAUCUUCACUGAAGCUCUCAAGAAAAAUCCAUCUGGAUUCUUCGUUGGAGACAGUCUGACUUGGGUUGAUAUCUUGAUUGCUUCUGGAUACAGUCUUCUCUCUGCCCACACUUCAAUUGCCACUGACUAUCCAACAGUCAAGGCUCAUGCUGAAAAGAUCAACUCUAUUCCACAAAUCAAGGCCUGGAUCGAAUCUCGCCCAGAUACUCCAUUCUAA